AUGGUUAUGGGCAUAUAUUGCGAGGGACUUGUACCAUUUCCAUGGUGCUUCAAAAGCCCUAUAGAAGAUCCCGAAGAAGCAGGCAUUGAAUUCGAUAAAUGGGAAAAUGUUGGGACAUUUGCUGAAUUUCCAGUUAAAAUGGACGAGAUUCCAUCAGGCGUGCCUGUGUUUGGACGCACGGUGCUUGUGUUGUUCCGGUUACUGCUAAUGUUAUUGUCGUGA